CUUAUAGUCAUCAUUCUUCCUCCUCAUGCCUGAGUUCAAUGUUUUCUCUAUGGCCUCCUUAGCAUUUGACUAGAAGAUAUGGAUUUCUAAGCAUGCAGAAGAGUACUAACUCUACACAAGAUGUGAUGGUGAUGCCUCUUUUGAAUGAUACUAAAGCCUAAGGAGCACCUCCUAUGGGCAAGCAGAGGAGAACCUGUAAAGGACUAAGAAGGAGCAGCAGUGGGGAAGGAAAAACUUGGACAAAUGUGGUACUCUAGAACCCAAGAGAAGAACCUUACAAGAGGAAGAUAACAGUGAAUUUGCUGAAUACUACUCAUAACUAAUAUGACCUCCACAAGACAUGACGGCACAGGUGGUGUUAUCUAUCUUUCUUAUUCUCAUACCACUUCUGAAUGGAUUUCAAGAUAGCUUCUUUUCAGCUUUAUUCAGUUAUUUGAGUAGUACAAAUGAGCAAAUCAUCAUUGGAAGACUUGAUGAAGACAUAGUUCUCCCUUGCUCAUUUAAGAGUGGACCCGAAGUUGUAAUUCACUGGAAGACUCAAAAUAAGACCAUCAAUGUUCACAGUUACUACAAAGGCAGUGACCAUUUGGAAAGGCAAGAUCCCAGAUAUACAAACAGGACAUCCCUCUUCCAAACUGAGAUUCACAAUGGGAAUGCUUCUUUGUCUCUCAGAAGAUUAAGCCUCAUGGAUGAAGGAACUUACAUCUGCUAUGUAGGAACUGCAAUUAGUACGAUCAGGAAUGUAGUGCUAAAGGUGGGAGCUUUCCACACGCCUGUGAUAAAGUAUGAGAAGAGGAACACAAAGAGUUCCUUAAUAUGCAGCAUACAGGUUUAUCCUCCUUCAAAUAUCACGUGGAAAAUGGAUGACACCACACCUGUCUCUCAAAGUAAAAUGGAAGAAAUCAGGUCUUCGGGUCCUUCUUAUAUUAAAAGUACACUGGAUAUCACAGGAUCAAAUUCAUCUUAUGAAUGUGCUAUUGAAAAUUCAUUGCUGAAGCAAACCUGGAUGGGACGAUGGGCAAGGAAAGAUGACCUUCAUAGAAACCAAAGUGAACAUGUUUCACUUUCAUGUCAACUUGUAAACAACUCUUUUCCACUGAACCAAGACUUCAGAGUUACUUGGUCCAGAGUGAAAAGUGGGACUUCCUUUGUCCUGGCUUACUAUCUGAGCUCCUCACAAAAUAUAAUUAUCAAUGAACUCCGAUUCUCAUGGGACAAAGAGCUGAUAAACCAGAGUGACUUCUCUAUGAAUCUGACAGAUCUUAGUCUUUCAGAUAGUGGGGAUUAUUUAUGUAAUAUUUCUUCAAGCAAAUACACUUUACUCACCGUCUACACACUGCAUGUAGAACACGGCCAAGGAACAGCUUCCCGGCACGGAUUUAUUCUGAUUUGGGCAACUUUUCUGGUUUUCGUGGCUUUUCUGGUUUUGGCGAUUGUUCUGAUUUUGAACCCCUUGGAUGAGAGUGGUUGCAACGCUGACAAUGCAGAAGAAAAUAUAGUAAGGCAUCAUUUCCUUUACCAAACCAUUUUUAGUAUAAAGAUGCUACUAUAAAAAGCCUCUUUCAGAAGAACCAGCCGGUACAUGAAAUGAAGACAAGACUGUGACAACACAUGACAAGCAUCCUUAAUAUCCAGUGACUUCAUCUCCCCUUUCUUCACUGCAAUCCCAGGCAGAGGCUUGUCAGACCAGACAAUUUUACUACUGCAAAGACUUAUAACCACUCUCUUUUAUGGGAUCACAUUACUCUUCAAGACAUACACAUCAUUCGCUGAUCUCCUACCUACAUUAAGAGUGUAAAAUGCCUGGAUGUUAAGGAUUCCAAUUCAACUUAGAAGAGAACUGUCUCAUUCAUUUACAUUCCUGCUGCAGUCAGCCCAGGAGGUUAUGGUGAGGCUUCCACUGAGAACUCAGAAGAAAUGUUUAGCACUAAGAGCUGAUUCAAAAUGUGAUCAACUGAUACUGGGUGAGAGAACAGGUAGUCACCUGAGUGAAAGGGUUCAAAACCAAGACCUAGAAACCAAGGCAAUUAAUGUAACGAGAUAUUCUAUUCUAGUCUUACAUUAAUGGUUACAUCAGGGUGAGCAACUAGAUUUAGGAUGGUGAGUCUUAGGGGAUCCUGAAGAGUAAGAAUGUGGGUAUCUCUAAGACCACUUAGGGAAAAGGGCCGAAAUCAACACAAGAAUUGAUAUUGGGUUCUGCCUGCUAGCCUCAAGUUGGGUUAUGCCUGCUAACACCAGGCUUACGUAGUUCAGUGAUUCUAGUCAGGAAGAUAGUUUAAUGAACUCUUCUGGUUCAUAUUGCUAAUCAGCCUUGCCAUAGAUUUAGAUUUCCAUGUAAAUUUUUAUGCAGGGAGAGAAGGGAGAGCCCAGAAGACUUGAUGAUCUGUUCCCCUUAAUUUUAAUCAUCAGUUUAUAUGAAAGAGAUAAUCUAAUGUUAAUGCUUGUGAAUUUGUCACUAUAAUCAGGCAUUUUGUGACUUGGUUGAUCAAGGUUUUGAUCCUAUAGUUUAUUGAAGAAAACAAACUCUGAAUUGUGGGGUUGGUACCAUCUUGUCUGAUUUUUCUCUCAUGUAUGUACAGGGUGUCCUAAAAGUCUCCACACACAGGACAAAUUUGGUAAUAUUUUUUAUAUAAAGGUACAUUUAGCUACAAUUUCCCAUUUUCUCUAUGUAUGACUUUUGGGAUACCCUAUAGGUUUCUUAAUGCUAAGUUUUUGCUGCAAUGUUGUGACAGGUACUCAAAUUAAAACUGGAUGUGUGUUCCCAAGCUAAAGUUUGCUGAACUGAUUUUACUGAGAGGGUGGAGAAACAACAACAUUCCAGUUUCAGGACUGGCAGUGUGACAACAGCAAAUUUCUAUGAAUAUGUUUGGAAUAUGGAGAUGUUUCCUGGAUGUAAAUAUUGCCUUAUUAAAGGGUAAUUUCUAAUUUAUUUUUACGAAAGCUUUUUUAAAAUUACUAUUCCAGAAAAAAAACCUUAAAAGUCACAUGUUUAGCAUUUUCUCACUGGUUUGAGAUCGAGAGCCCAUUGCUUUGGAUACAACAUGACAGACACCCCUAGUAGUUCACUCUGUAGCUGUGCCAUCCACUGCAUCCCCAUCACAAAACUCAACUUUGGUUCACCUUGCUCAGAGUGGGCCUAAUAUGGGGGAGGAUCAGCCUUAAUCUCUCUGAGCCAAACUAGGCAACUAUAGCCUCCUUGCUACUAGUCUGGCCUAGGCAGGUUUGUGAAGAAAUCUGAUCAAUAGGAUAGAAAGAAAAGUAUCCCAGAGAGCUAAUUCUGGGAAGGUGUUUCUAACACCACUGAAGAUGUCAGACAAGAAAGAACCUGGGUUUUUUGAUAUGCUGAGCCCUUGAAUUAAUCUAUGAGUUGGGGUUGGAUCAGAGAGGCAGACCACUGAGAAUGACAGAGAGUAAGGAUUUA